AUGUAUUCCAAGGCCGUUGUUCUUUCUCUUCUUGCCGCUUCCGGCGCCCUGGCUGCCCCUCACAACCGUCGCUACUAUGACGACAAGGUCACCGUUGCUCUGAGCGAUGGGGGAGAAACUGGCGCCCAGGUUACCCUCGAAUCAACUGUCAGAGACAUGGCUGCUCCGGCCAUCAGUGGCCCAUUCAACUCGAUCGAGAUCCGACUCGGCGCGGAUGUCCAGAACAAGGAUCUUCGUUGCCAGGCCCUUGACAACUACGGCUACCCGAUUGUGGCAACCCGCGGCGAGAACAUCGACAUCACCUUCUCUGACGCCGACAAGGGUGCCUGGACCUUCCGGGAGGCCAGCUAUGUCAGCGAGGUGAUUUGCGACCCUACCUUUGUCAAGAUCGACCCCACCUCUGAUGAGCUCAACUUGCGCGUUGUUCUCGAAAGCCAAUCCACCGAGACCGGCUCGCAGACAGUCCUCCCCUCUGGAUACCGCGCCGAGUCGGCGCCUGUUGCCACGAGCGGCCCCUUCGAAACCGUCGAGCUCCGCGUCGGGUCAUUGGUCCAGAAGCAGGAUUACCGAUGCCAGAUCCUCGACAUCUAUGGCAACCCUUUGACCGUCCUCCGGGGUGAGAACAAGGACAAUACCUUUUCCGACGCCGACAAGGGUGCGUGGACUCUGCAAACCCCCCGCGAGGUUGGUGAAAUUAUCUGCGACCCUACCUUUGUUGCCCAAAAGUUGUAA